AUGGGGUUUAGAGACAUUGAAAAGUUCAACCAAGCUUUGCUUGCGAAGCAAGGUUGGCGGCUUAUGAUGGAUCCUGACUCUUUGUACGCUAGGUUUUUACGGAGUCGAUACUAUCCCAAUGGGAGUUUCUUGGAGGCGUCUCUGGGGUCUCGGCCUUCGUAUGCAUGGAGGAGUAUAAUCUUUGGAAGGCAGCUGCUGGAGAAGGGUUUUAGAAGAACCAUUGGCUCUGGAUAUGAGACCUCGGUGUGGAUGGACAAAUGGCUUUUUGGUGAGGUUCCAAUGGCUCCUCUACGUAAGCUUGUUCUGUUUGAAGUCGACCUAAAAGUGUGUGAUCUUAUAAAUCCGCAAACUAAGGCUUGGGACAGGGGGAAACUGGAAGAGAAUUUUUUUCCUCCUCACCUGGAGCGUAUAUUAAAACAGAAACUCAUCCCAGGAGAAAAGGAUGGUUAUGAAUGGGUUCACAGACACUGGAGAGGUUACACUGUGAAGUUUGGGUAUUGGUUAGCCUCUCGCUUAGAUGACUCAGAUGUGAGGAAGGAAAGCAGUGCUCAACCAUCAAUUAACGGUUUAAUCCAAAGAGUAUGGAAGGUGGAAACAGUACCGAAGAUUAAGAUCUUCAUGUGGAAAUCCUUAUCAAAUGCGUUAUCAGUAGAUGACGGUCUGUUAGCAAGGGGGCUGAAGAUUGACCCUAGAUGUCAACGGUGUGGUAUGGACGGUGAGUCUAUCAACCAUGUACUCUUUACUUGCCCUGUGGCUAGAAGGGUGUGGGCUGAAUCCAACUUCCCUUUCCCUCGCCGGAGUUUUGAAAACAGAACUGUGUUUGAAAAUUUCUACUAUCUACUUUUCCCGACGAAUGGUUCAAGAGUCCCUGAUGAAGUAGCUCAUUUGUUCCCGUGGUUGCUCUGGCUCCUAUGGAAGAAUAGGAACUCCUUUAUUUUCGAUGGUAAAGAAUUCUCCGCUCAGGAUACGGUAGCAAAAGCAAAGGAGGAUUCUAGUCAUUGGUUUGAAGCUCAGAAAUGUGCGAGGGAGGAUAUGGCGAAAGAUGCACAAGAAGAACGAGCUCAAGGCAAGUGGCAGGCGCCAACGGAUGGUACUUUAAAAUGUAAUGUGGAGGUACAAUGGUUUAAACAGAAACGGAUUCUCGGAGCUGCUUGGGUUGUGAGGAAUCAUCGGGGUGAUACUCUUAUCCAUAGUAGAAGGGCUUUUAUUAAUAUAGGAUCCUUUGUGGAGGCUAAGUUCUAUGUCUGGUUAUUGGAGAUUGAAUCAAUGCAUAGCCAUCAUAUUGGAAGUGUGCUCUUUGAGAUGGAGUUUGGAGAUUUAUGGGGGGCUGUCACUAAACCGAGAGCAUGGCCAGCCUUUAGAUAUGAAGGAGUAGAACUGCGGAAGGCUUUGGAUUUAAUUCAGGAAUGGGACGUGCAGGUCGUUAAUUCUAAAGUAAACAGAUGUGCUCAUGCUAUUGCAAGAAGUGUAACGAGAGAGAAGAAAUACCAAUCCUACGUAGCACAGGGUAGUCCCCGAUGGCUGAAGGAAAUGUUUGAGGAGGAUCAACAAGGUGUUUGA